UUAUGUGUCACAUAAGACAUAGUUAUGUGACACAUAAUUUCUUUUAACAAUUUUCUCUUGCACAGUGAUAUUUAUGUAUUACAUAGGCCAUAAACAAACACAUAAAGUUAUGCGCUAAAAUUCCGCCACCUAAGUCUUAAGUGAUACAUAAAUUUGUUAUUUUUACGUGCUAUCAAUAUUUUUCAUGCUCAAAAUAUAAAUUUUAAAAAGUUGUUUAAAAAUAUAGUAGUAUGGACGAUUUUUAUAACUUUGUGAAUUAUGUAGAAAUGGUUGAUGAAUAUUUCGAUGAAUUUGAUGUUGAACGAAUUCCAAGAAGGUAUAUUCGUAAUAUUGAAGAUCCGUUUGAAAAAUAUAAUGACAACACAUUUUUCAAACGUUAUCGAUUUCCAAAACUAAUUGUCAUGGAUCAGUUAUUAAAUUUAUUAGGUAUUAACUAUGCCAAUAAUCGAGGAUUGCCUAUACCUCCCAUUCUACAGUUAUUGACAACAUUACGAUUUUAUGCAACAGCAAACUUUCAAGUGAAAUACCACCUAAUUUUAAUUUGUAAAAAUUAUUUAAGACAUGUUACUUUUAAUUUAUAGACUGUCUGUGGAGACUUGA